CAGGCGGACAUGCCCUCAGGGAAGUGGCGGGAAAGGGAGGGCUUCGGUCACAUCGCGGGAGGUAGCCAGUGGCACAUUGUGCACUGGACUCUGCUGUACGAGGUGGUUGUUGAUCCCCAGGUCCAGAAACUGUUACUCUCGUUGAAGACCACCGGGAUCCCCGACGAGUCCUUUUUCCCCACCGCCGGGCUCUGGUUGCAGGAGAAAGCGCAGGCCCGCGAGAAAGGAUUGAGGCUUCGGAUUUUGAACUUGGACCUGAGAUAUAGCAAUGAGAGCCACCGUCGGGACCUCAGCUACCCUGGAGAACGAGCCAAACUCAAGCACUUGGGGCAAACCAAGAAUAAACUCUGGGCCCGCAAGGCGUUAACGGCCAAGGUAACCUGUGAAUAUACCAACGACUUCUUGCGCCUCCACCACGACUGUGCGCCCUACGAAGGGAUGCAGCCCAUUAUCGACGUCGAAUGA